GACGUUUAAAUACGAGCAGAAGCGCGCGCGCUACUUCAGUCCGACGCUAACAGUCCAAACUGGUUGGUAUCUGCAUCUCGGAGGAAGGCAACAACCCUCCCUCUACUUUCUGUCUUCGAUUUCUUCCAAAAAAAAAAAAAAAAAAAAAAAGAUCAUCGAACAGAUAACGGAAAAAUUAGUAUUCUCCUCGUUUGUGAGAAGAACGAGGGAAACGUAGCGGUCACGAGGAGUUUCUGGUUGACGUCCCGGAAACGACCGUGGAUCUCCCGGCUGAAUUAAAAGUCAAAACGAAAAGAAGGAAUACAGGACGGAAGAGUGUGUAGUUAUGUGCUAGUGAGACUCGGGCAAAAAGAUACACCCCAGCAAGGCAUUAAUCUAGUCACGAUGACAAACAGCAUGAAGCAAACGGUUAUCAAAAACCCGACAUGGUGGAAGAGGCGGUCCGGUCUGGAACGCGGGUUAACGGUGAUAGCGGUUUCCGGGUUCCUCUUGUGCAUCGCUUUGGCGGUCGCUCUCGGAAUUUUGGCGACCAACAUGACAUGCAACACCACGUCCAAGACCGAUACUGUUAACGUAGAGAUGCUACCGUCCACAGCCGAGGCGUUAAGCGGUUCGAAAACACCGACGAAUAUGAUACCAAAGGAAACGAAAUGUGACGAUGUCUGUUUAACAUCUGAAUGCGUUCACACAGCUUCUAAAGUAAUAAAAAACAUGAAUCCCGAUGUGGAGCCCUGUGAUGACUUUUACAAAUUCGCCUGCGGUGGCUUCCUCGAAUCUACAAUUAUUCCUGACGACAAAACUAGCGUGACUACGUUCUCUACUAUCGUUGAUGAUCUCGAGGAACAACUGCGGCUGAGCAUCGAGCAAGAGAGUCCUCCAAACGAGCUAAGACCAUUUACACUUGCGAAAAAUUUCUACAAAUCCUGCAUGAACAAAACCGCUAUUGAGGAGAAAGGUUUGACACCAUUAUUGAACAAUCUAAGGAAACUCGGUGGCUGGCCCGUUCUGGACGGCGAGAGAUGGAACGAAGGCGACUUCACUUGGAAAGAUUCCGUCUACAAAUUUCGCAGACUGGGCUAUUCCGUUGACUACUUCAUCGAUUUCGGCGUCAGUGUCGAUUUAAAGAACAACUCAAGGCGUUUAAUCGAUCUCGAUCAAGCAGCACUCGGACUAUCGCGCGAAUAUCUGUCGAAAGGUUUCAACGAGAAAAUCGUCCAAGCAUAUUACAAGUAUAUGGUGGACAUCGCUAUAAUUCUCGGAGCCAAUCCAGAUCGAGCUAAGAGAGAAUUAAAAGAAUCACUUGAAUUUGAAAUCAAGCUCGCGAACAUCUCGCUGCCCAAUGAGAAACGACGAAACGUGACUCUCCUCUACAAUCCCAUGACUGUGAAUAAGCUGUCCGCUGCCUAUCCUAGCAUACCGUGGUGGGAAUACUUUAACACCAUCCUCGCACCGCAAGCACAGCUAAGUCAGGACGAGAUAGUUAUCGUGAACGUGCCAAGCUAUCUAAAGGACUUCGAACAGCUCAUCACAACGACGCCGAAGAGGGUGCAGGCAAACUAUGUCCUUUGGAGAGCAACUGCUGCUUCGGUUAGCUAUCUGACGGAUGACAUUCGGAAAAGGCAGCUGAAGUAUACAGUUGAGUUAAACGGUAAAACAGAGAGAGAACCAAGAUGGAAAGAGUGUGUGGACAUCGUUUCUGGCAGUAUGGCAAUUAGCGUUGGCUCGAUGUACGUAAGAAAGUACUUUAAAGAGGAUGCGAAGAAAACUGCACUCGAAAUGGUCGACGAUAUCAGGCAGGAGUUCACAAAGAUCUUGAAGAAGGUGGAAUGGAUGGAUGAGAAAACUAGAACAAACGCUUUAGAAAAAGCAGCCGACAUGAUGUCACAUAUUGCCUAUCCAAGUGAACUGUUGGACGAUAGCAAGCUCGAGGGAUUUUAUAAGAACCUUGAAUUGAGUGCUGACGAUUAUAUAGGAAACAUUUUUAAUUUGUCUACCUUUGGAACAAAUUUCUCAUUUGGUAGGCUAAGACAGCCAGUGAAUAAGACAGAAUGGAUAAGUCAUGGAAGACCGGCUAUUGUCAAUGCGUUUUACUCGUCGAUCGAGAACAGUAUUCAAUUCCCCGCGGGUAUUUUGCAAGGCAUAUUUUUCAAUAAUGAUCGACCACGUUACAUGAACUACGGCGGCAUCGGAUUUGUUAUUGGCCAUGAAAUUACUCACGGCUUUGAUGAUCAAGGCAGACAAUUUAAUAAGGAAGGUAAUCUUGUGGAUUGGUGGGAGUCAGAGACGAAGAAGCGUUAUCUCAAGAGGGCUGAAUGUAUAAUUCAUCAGUAUGGAAAUUAUACCGUGAAAGAAGUCGGAUUGAACUUGAACGGAAUAAACACCCAGGGUGAGAAUAUUGCGGACAAUGGCGGCAUAAAGGAGGCUUAUUACGCGUAUAAAGAAUGGGUCAAACGAAACAAACCGGAGCAGAGAUUGCCCGGCUUAACGUACAGCCCGGAGCAGAUGUUUUGGAUAAGCGCGGCGAAUUCUUGGUGCAGCAAGUAUCGACCGGAAGCACUGAAGUUACGUAUUACGACGGGUUUCCACAGCCCGGGCGAAUUUCGCGUUCGAGGACCGCUGUCGAAUAUGGAAGAAUUCUCGCGUGACUUUAAUUGCCCGGUCGGCUCUAGAAUGAAUCCCGAGAAGAAGUGUACCGUGUGGUAGAUCUCAGGUGUCCGCAAAAUACUUGCGAACGACAUCGGCUGACUGCGUUUUUAACCUUAGAAGUUACAAAUUUUCGCAUUAAAACAAUCAAACUUUAUUCUUAGCGGCUCUGCACUAAAAAUACUUACGUCCAAAUGUAUAACAUUUCUGCUUCCUAAGAGGAUAGCAUUUAGUUUCAUAUACCAAACUUUGUCAUAUUUAUGAAAUUAAAAUAACCAUUUUUUAUGUCUACAAUUUCCGAAUAUUUAUAUUGUCGCUUCUAAGGUUAAUGAAUGCAAUGGAGACGUCGAUCUCAUACCAGCAGGAUACAGAGGUAGCUUGUUCCCCUCUUACAGUAUCCUGCCAUAGCGACAUUGCCUCAGCAGAGAAUAUUUUAACGGUAACGCUUGUUCGAAAACAAGAACUGAAAUAUCACGAUACUACGGAGCAAAAAGGGAAGCCCUCUCCACGGGGGAAAUCCAUGGAGAUCGACUCGACUUGCGCGAUCUUAGACAUGUGAGAUGUACGCAUAAAUUAUGUAUCAUCUUUGGUAAAUUUUUAAGAAAUGUCAUGGGACGCGCCUACGUGUAAAUAGAAAAUGAAAUAACAUCAGAUUAAAAAAUUUAUUAGUGAUAUAAUAUUUGGUUAAUUAACUGUUUUUUAAUAUACAAGGCAUUAGUGAUUUCUGUGCCAAUGACAACGUUUUUGUCGGAGGUUUUAGAUUAUUACAAAGAAAAUUGAGUUAAAUUGUUCAGCGUGUUCUAAUGUAGUUUUUAAUUUGAGAAUUUUUAUGGUUGACAUAUAGAGUAAAAAAAAAAUGUUGGCAACUUUGUUAAAAAUUCGCUUUUUAUCUUUUUUUAUUGUUGAUAGUUUUAUCGUUGACAGCUUAAGUGUUGCUUCUUAGAAUAAAUUUUAAAAUAUUUUAUUGAUAUAGAAAUGAAUAGUAAUAGUAUAUACACUAUAAAGAAUAGUUCGCAAAAUCAAUAGCGAGAAGGAAGUAUGAAUAAAACGGCAUAUUCUUCGAUAAAAUUGAUUUUUUUGUAAUAAAAAAAGAAAUCUCGAGAGCCAUCGUUUGUCACAACUAUUUUAUGUUGAGUAUUAUUUUGUAGUAUUAUUAAGUAGCAGAAUUAUAAAUUGCAAAUUAAAUUUUCAAAAAACUAAAAUCUAUUUAAUGUAAUUAUUAAACUAGGCUUUAUAUAAAAAAUUUUUGUUGUCCGUUUUCUCCCUUAAAAUUUCGUUGGGAAGACCAUGACGUCAUGAAAAGAAUUAUUCGUAAUUAUUAUCUAUAUUAUCACGCAAAGGAAUAAUCGAUCCCUAAUAUUCUAUGAGCCACACUUCGUAUAUAUAGUCAUAUAUAUUAUCGGCGAUCCGAUAAUUCCGAUAAUUUCGUGCGAUAAUUUUUAUUUUUUGUAUAUUCUCGAGCGUAUGUUCUUGUGUAAGAUCAUUAGUCUUAGAGAAUUACGAAGUUACUUAGAACAACUUAUUACAAGUAUUAAGCAUAGCUAUAUAACUGCGACUGGUUGAACUGCAAAGUUCACAAUUGCUUUCUACCGUACGUGUUAUUCCUUGCAUUUGCAUUUGCAUUACGUUUUUACUUUGCGCCACAUCUUUCUCUCCACACUCUCCUUCCUUACACAUAUUUUUUUGUAUUUAUUACGGUAGCCGUAAGUUAAUCACCGAGUUGAUCAGCGUACGUUUAAGUGAAGAUGUACCUUGUAAGGUAUUUUUGUUGAAUGUAAGAAUUUAAUACAGAAAAACUUUAUGUGUAAA